GGAGGAGACUGUCAGGGACGGUGCAAACGCCAUAUUUGUUGUCGUGUCAGAGUCUGGAGCUGCGGCAGUGACGGAGCGACGGUCUGGAGGGCCGGGGUUGCCGCAUUGAUUGGCACAGGCGCUUCAGGUUGAAACUACAGCUUUUUGAUUUUGUCAGCAUAACGAGCGAUUUCGGGCGCGAUUAGGCGCUAGCAGCGCUGAUAUUUAAACAGAAGUUGCGGCGAUCAGAUCUAGGGCUGGGAGAUGGUGCAACCCUGAGGAGGAGCGGGACUGGGACUGAGGACGGGGCCGAGCUGGAUGAGGGAAAUCUGGUAGAAGUUUGAAAGCCGCUGUUCAAGACCAAAUGGAUAAUUUCCGUGAUGAUACAAAUUGUUGAAGUGAUCUGGCACUGAAGAUUUGAAACUUUUUCACACAAUAUUUUCUUCAAAGACCUCAAAGUGUUUGGAUUACUAUAAUAUGUUUUCCUACUUUCCACUGUCUACAUUCCCCAGAUAAAUAUUUGUAUGACAGAGAAUGGAACAUCAAGCUGAUGAGCAGAUUGCUCCAGAAGCUAAUCAACAGGUGGCGAGCUGUGACCAUGACAAAAUACAUCCAUCAAUAAUUGAUGCUGUCAAAAGUGAUGAGGUUAUUAAUGAUGUCACUGGUGGGGAUACUGGAGCACUAAAUGGCACAUGCCUUAAGUCAGAGACUUAUUCAGCAACCAAAACACUAAAAUUAAAAGAAGAUAUAAAUGGCGAACAUGAAGAUAGAUUUGCUGAGGUACAACUGAAUGUAAAGGUUGAACAAUGUAUGAAUAACUUGACAGAUCAUGGUGGAAGUGGAGAACCAUGUGCUCUAAUCACUUUGAACAGUGAUACGGAAAUUGCAUCAGACAAUAAGGAAGAAGUGAGUGACUCUGGAGAACUUAAUAAAAUGGUUAAUAAUCAAACACUUCAUCCUACAUCAGAGAAAUCAUCAGAGGCAGAUACUAUUGAUUGGAACAAAUGUACACCUCAUUCUUCUCGCAAGAUUGAUUCAGAAAGUCCUUUUGAUACAAAGAUAACCAAGGAUCUAAUGUCCAGGAUGGAGCUUGAAUCUUCUCAAGAUGCUUUGUUGGAUGAGCUAGAAUCAGAAUAUAAUUAUUUUUCAACAGAAUCCUCGGUGACUCCCAGUUUACCUAAUGGAAUUACAAAAGAAAGUAGCGCUGUAGUCAUAUUUAAUGAAUCAUUACAAAACAAAUGUCUUCAGCAAGAAAAUAAAAUAAAAAAACUGAUGGAAGAAAACAGAAAGCAUCAAGAAAUGAUUGUGGAGAUUUGUGCAGAAAAAAACAACUUGAAAGAUGAAUUGAAGAAACGUUCGGAAACAGAAAAGCAACAUAUCAACACCAUAAAACUAAUGGAAGUCAAAGUUGAAAACCUAAUGGAGGAAAUAAAAAUGGUGAAGGAAAGAUUGAUCUCACAGGAUGCUGCUGCCAAAAAUGCUAUUCAGCAAUUACAAAGAAAUCUAACUUCUCGGAUUGAACAAACGAACAAAAAAUGUGAAGAGGCGCGACAGGAAAAAGAAGCUAUGGUAAUGAAAUACGUACGAGGAGAAAAAGAAGCCCUUGAUCUUCGAAAGGACAAGGAAGGAAUUGAAAAAAGAUUACGUGAUGCAAACCGAGAACUGGAGAAACUGACAAUGAAGGCCAAACAGCUCACACAAGAGAAGACAAGAUUGCAACAGCUUUAUGAGGCAAAGGAAGGAGAAGCCACAAGGCUCAACAGAGAUGUUGAAAAAUUGAAGGAAGACAUCAAUUCCAACAUCAUCAAAGUGAAAUGGGCUCAAAACAAGUUAAAAAGUGAAAUGGAUACACAUAAGGAAACGAGAGAAAAAUUGAAGGAAACAACAGUCAAACUAACUCAGGCUAAAGAAGAGACAGAACAAAUCCGGAAAAACUGCCAAGACAUGAUUAAAACCUAUCAGGAAUCUGAAGAAAUCAGAUCCAAUGAGUUGGAUGCCAAACUGCGUGAGACUAAAGGAGAACUAGAAAAACGUUUGCAAGAAAAAUCUGAUGAAAUGGAGAUUCGCCUUGCUAAAAUAAAAGAACUUGAUGACCUGAAGAAAACAUACAAGGAAGGAAUGGAUGAGUUGCACACUUUGAGAACAAAGGUACGAUGUCUUGAAGAUGAGCGACUGAGAACUGAAGAUGAACUAUCAAAGUAUAAAGAAAUAAUAAACCGCCAAAAAGCAGAAUGCCAAUCUUUGCAUGAACGGGUGAAAUUAAUAAAUCAUUUGCAAGAACAGCUUGAAGGAAAUGAACAAGAGAUUCAAUCACUGAAGGAAGAGGUUGACAACCUGAAUGCGCUGAUUACAGAUUUGCAAGAAGAUAUUGAAGGGAGUCGUAAAAAAGAAUCAGAGUUGCUUGUAUUCACAGAGAAAUUGACAAGCAAAAAUGCACAACUUCAGUCUGAGAACAAUAUAUUACAGGCGCAACUUGACAAAUUGAGUAUUCGUGAGCGGCAUCUGAGUGGGCAGCUUGAAGAGUUGGGACAGACCAAUACUGAUCUGGUGAACAGAUUGCAAAAAGAACAACAACUACGACAAGAGGAUAUGAAAACUUUGCAGAAUGAAGUGAUCACUGAACAAAAGGACGUGAGUAGGCUGACUUUACAAGUGGAGGAGCUUAAAGAUGAGCUCGCCACACAGAAACGAAAAAAAGCAACUAACAUUAAGGACCUCACAAAACAGCUUCAACAAGUACGCCGACGAUUGGAACAAAUGGAAAAUGGAAAUUGUGAUAGCAAAGAGGCGAGCAGCAUGGGAAGUCGUUCCAGUUCAUCAGGUAAACAAAAAAAUGUUACACAGAAGUAUAAUAAAUUGCCCAGUGAACCUGGUUCUCUAGAUGCUCGAUGCAAUAAAGAGGAGAGGUCUCCAGAGAAUACUGGCCGUUCCGUGCAAGCAGAUAAUUUUCCAGAAGUGGACAAGACCAUAUUAAUAGAACGUAUUGUUCGCCUACAGAAAGCUCAUGCACGUAAGAAUGAAAAAAUUGAAUUCAUGGAGGAUCAUAUCAAACAGUUAGUGGAGGAAAUACGAAAGAAAACUCGACUCAUUCAGACUUAUGUUCUGAGAGAAGAAUCUGGUGCCUUGUCCUCAGAAGCAUCUGAUUUCAAUAAAGCCCAGGUGAGCAGACGUGGAGGAAUCAUGGCUUCACUUUACACGUCACAUCCAGCGGACAGUGGUCUAACGUUGGAGCUCUUAUUGGAAAUAAACAGGAAGCUGCAAGCUGUACUGGAAGACACUUUGUUGAAGAAUAUAACACUUAAGGAAAACUUGCAGACGCUAGGUGCAGAAAUAGAACGUCUGAUCAAGUGCCAGCAUGAAUUGGAGCAACAACUAAAGCACUGAAUUGGCACUGUUCUCAGUUUAAGCAACUCCAUUGUGAAUUCAAGGGAACAGGUGCCGGUCAGGCAGGGAUCGUACAUCACUCGUGACUCAGACAAGGAUAUCUUAUCUGCCUUCACAAGAGAUAAUGUUGCUUCUACCGAGACGCAGGUUUGGAAUACUCAUUAUGCUGAAUUGACUUUUGAGAAACAUCUUUCUGAAGCAAAUUUUAUGUUAACACUCCAAGUUAUCGAACGUAUAACUAUAAAUCUGCUCCUUAAAAUAAUGAAUGAAGACUGCUGCAAUCAGCUCAGAAUAGCGACUAAUGGAUGUUGAUCAUUCUUCGAAGCUCUUUGUUCUUAAAAAAAACAAUGAAUACCUUGUAUACCUAGAUAAGAAUGGUCUAUCAUGAAGGUUUUGGGACUAUAGUGCAAUUACACAAUGCAACUCUGGGCAAUUUUUAGCUGACAACCUAAGUUUUCAUUUUAGUGUUCUUUUAAUUUCUAAAAUUUCUAAAUUCAAAUAGGGCUGAGGCAAAUAAAGUGCAUAUCCAUCCAGUGUCUGACAAUUUUCUCUUCUUCCUUUGACACUGACAGUACUUUGAGUAAAACUUUUUAGAAAUUGAAUAAUUUCAUUUCUCUGAUUUUUACAUUAUGUCUGAUAAACCAAAUUAAUGGAUUUCCAGUCCAAUUAAGUGACAUGCAAACCAAAUCUGCUAAGCAGGUCAUGGUAUUUAGGCUCAUGAUUGAAUUAUUUUUCAUGUAAGUGGAUGAUCCGUUUAUUGUAAUGGAAUAUUAUCAAUGCUGAUUAUGAAAAAUAAUUUAGAUUUUUGACGAAUUGUAAGCUAAGUAAUUACAGUUUGUUGAAAAAGAACUAAAGAUGGUAAUCAGACUGAAUUCUGUGAUUAAUAACUAGUUUCUCAGAUUACCUACAAAUAAUGUACAUUCAUCAAUGUGUCUACUUGAAUUUCCUCAAUUGGAGGCUAGAUUCUGGCACUGCUGUUUGAAUGAGAUCUGAUUAUUUUUAAGAAAGUUUUUUUUUCUUCAGAAAAAUAAUGGAAAUGCACUUUAAACUCAAAUUAUUGCCUUCCAAAUUACACAGUACAUGUCUGUUAUUUUAGCACAAACCUGUUUCAACUUUAAUUUUUAUUUCAGUUCAUUUACUUUCUGUUGCAAAAGUGCUGUAGUUUACUUUGGAAAUUAAUUUGUAAAAUUAAGUUGUAGAUACAUUUCUGUAUAAAGAGGACAGUUUUUAAAGUUUUAAUCUAUUAUAUGUAUAUAUGGCAUAUUGGAUGAAUAAAAUUACAUUUUGUGUCUUAUUUUGCUGCUA